AUGCCUGGAAUACUACCCAUGAAGGUGAUCAAAGUGGGCACCAGUUCCCAAAGCCGCAUAGCUCAGGCAUGCGACCGGUGCAGGAGCAAGAAGAUCCGCUGCGACGGCAUCAGGCCGACGUGCUCGCAAUGCUCUAACGUCGGCUUCGAGUGCCGCACGAGCGACAAGUUGAGCCGUCGCGCAUUCCCGCGCGGAUACACAGAGUCCCUCGAGGAGCGCGUGCGCCAGCUGGAAACCGAAGUCAGGGAGCUAAAGGACUUGUUGGACGAGAAGGACGAGAAGAUUGACAUGCUAUCGAGGAUGCACGGAAACCACAGCCACGCGACCCUGCGCAGCCCUUCCGUUGCGGCAUCGGCGCAUUCGCCGGCGUCGGCGUCGGACGGCGGAAAGGACGCAGGGACGCCGGUCAAGGAAGACACUUUCCGCGUGCAGGCGUCGCCGUUGUUGCUCGGCGUCGAGAACUCAGAUUCGUACUUUAUGGGCCCUUCGAGCGGCCGUGCCUUUAUCGAGGCUUUCAAGCGCAAGAUGCAAGGAAACGGAAAGUCAUGCUCAGAUUUCAACCCAGAAGCGUUUCUGCAUAUCCAGGGCUGCCAUGCCCUGACGCCAAAAACACCUGACCAUUCGCUCAAGGUGCCGCCUCGUUUGUUUUCAGACCGCUGCGUCAACGUCUACUUCCAAGAAUGGGCUCCCUUGUUCCCCGUGUUGCACAAGCCGACAUUCCUCCACAUCUAUGAGGAAUUCGUGUCAGACCCAGAAAAGGUCAAGAACAACCACAAGAUUGCCCAACUCUACCUCGUCUUCGGUAUCGCGGCACUGGGCAGCGACCAGCCGGAUCUCGAGCAAAUCGCGGCGUGUGAGCAGCAAUGGCAGCGAGCUGUCGAGGCCGUCCUGAUGGAGAACACAAUGGUCACCCUGCAAUGUCUCGAGUUGGCUCUAUUGUACUGCAUCGUGAGGGCGGAUUACAAGCGCUUGCAGCACUACAAGGGCAUUGCUGUGGGACUUUCCCACCGCCUCGGCCUGCAUCAGAGUCAGAAGCGCUUCUCUUUUGGCGCGCUCACUAUUGAGACCCGCAAGAAGGUCUUUUGGACUCUGUACACGUUGGAUUGCUUCUCUGGCGCCAUUCUUGGACUGCCGAAACUGCUCAAGGAGGAUGAGAUCCACACCGAGUAUCCGUCAGACACAGACGACGAGUAUGUGACUGAGAAGGGCUUCCAACCGACGCUCCCUGGCGAAUACACUCGCUUGUCGAGUGCGCUCGCCCUUUUCCGAUGCUGCCGAAUCCUGGCCAAGGUAAUGGAGAAGAACUACCCCGCCGCCACCUCUCACGAACUGUCGCUGCAGUCAAUGUCUGCCAUGGAGGCCGAGAUCGACGAAUGGAACGAGUCACUUCCGACGCAUCUCAAGCUUACCUUUAAGCAAGAUAAGCCUUCGACCGACGUAACCGGAAGCCGGUCGCCUUUGCUUGCUCUCGCCUACUACUACACCAAGAUUCUCAUCUGGCGCCCUGCCGUAGGCUCCUCGCUCGGUCGCAAGGCCGCGCCUGCGUUGAUCUCCAUAGGCGAGUCUAGCAAGCACAUUGUUCAGAUUAUUCAGCUGCUCGAGGAGCGCAGUAUGACCUUCUCCUUCUGCCUCAACAAGACGGAUACUCUCGUCCUCUGCGGCAUGACUCUCAUGUACCAGAGCUUCGAGCUCAAACAGGACAGCAAGAUGCUGAAGGACGUGGAGCGCCUCGUCAACAGCGUCCUCCAAAUUCUUACCAAAGCCAAGGCACCUGGCUCUUUCGAUCUCAAGCGCGUAGCCGGCCUCCUUAUUCGGCUCGACGAGCAGAACCUGCCCACCCCGCCGCAAGAGAGCCCGGAAGCGUCCAUGCCCGCCCCGCAAAGGUCUUCGCCGCCCGCGUCAGCACCUAAGAAGAAGUCUCCUCAACGGACCCUCGGACGUCUUCCGAGCGCCGCCGCCAGCGAGAGUGACCUCAUCCAGCAGCAGGAAAAAUUGCGUCGUAUGACCAUACCCAGCGUCCAAAACCGCCCAGAACUUUAUCGGUCCCGCUCAAAGCCGUCCUUUGACAAUUUGCAACAGCAGCAGCAAGACGUGCCUGCGCGGCGAGACCAGCGUCUAUCCAUGUCACAAAUCACCAGCCGCAUCCGCACGUCUUCCAAGCAGAACCUUGAUUAUCUGUCUCUGAACAGCACACCCAACGGCUCAUCACCACCAUCGCCAACCACAGCCCGUUUACACCAGCAAAUUCUCGCCGCGGCACACCAGAGUCUCUACGCGCAACAGCAACAACAACAACAGCAGCAGCAGCAACAACCGCAAAAGAUUUCUGGCGUAUCCUCCUCUGAAUGGGAGGCUCUCCUCGGUUCCAUGGACGGUGGUUUGAACAAUGUGUACGACGCCAUCUACGGCGGCGGUGGUGGUGCCCUCCCAGCCAUGGAGGAGACGCCCGCGUCGUCUUCGACAGGACUGGAUAGCUGGAGUCCAGACAGUUGGGACCUGGCCAACUUCAAUCUUGGCGACUUUGGGACAAACCCAGCGCCGCCGCAGAGCGUCCUGAGCGUCAGCGAGGAGAGCUUAUCCUCGGGCGAGGAUCUGGCGACGAGCGACUUGAACCUGAGCGUCAGCAGUUUGGAGUAUCGGAAUGCGCUGCUCGCGUCUUGUAGUGGAAACGGGAACAGCGAUGGGUUGUUUUUGGGUGAGCUUGAUGGGAAUUACGGACUUUGA